CCGCGUCGCAGCCCCAGCCCUGGAUUCCUAGCGGGAGCUGGAGUCCCAGCGGUGGCCCGCUCGCGGCAGGGCCGAGACCGGAGCUAGGAGCCGGAGACAGAACCUUGGCUGAGGCGGCUACGUCUCUACGAGGUGACAGCCCAGCGACGCCUUGCCCUGACCCCCGCCCGCGGAUAGGGAUGGAUGGGACAGAAGGCAAUGCCGGACAGCCCGGACCCGCAGAGCGGUCCCAUCGAAGCAGCGUGUCCUCCGUGGGAGCCCGAGCAGCUGACGUGCUGGUAUACCUGGCGGAUGACACAGUGGUGCCCCUGGCUGUGGAGAACCUGCCCUCACUCAGUGCCCAUGAGCUGCACCGCGCAGUCCGUGAGGUCCUGCAGCUCCCAGAUAUUGCUCUGGAUGCCUUUGCACUCUGGCUCGUCUCUCCUCUGCUGGAAGUACAGCUGAAGCCCAAGCACCUGCCCUACAAGCUGGGCCGCCAGUGGCCAGAGCUGCUGUUGCGCUUCACCGACGCGCCGGAUGACGAUGUGGCCAUGGAUGAGCCUUCCCUGCAGUUCCGAAGGAAUGUGUUCUUCCCAAAGCGGCGGGAGCACCAGAUCCAGGAUGAGGAGGUCCUGCGGCUACUCUAUGAAGAGGCCAAGGGCAAUGUGUUGGCCUCACGGUACCCCUGUGACAUGGAGGACUGUGAGGCACUGGGUGCCCUCGUGUGCCGUGUACAGCUUGGGCCAUACCAGUCUGGCCAGCCUGCGGCCUGCACUGUGAGGGAGAAGCUGGACUCCUUCCUCCCUGCCCACCUCUGUAAGCGGGGCCACGGGCUCUUUGCUGCUUUCCGAGGCCGUGGAGCCAAGGCUGGGCCAGGGGAGCAGGGCCUGCUGAAUGCCUACCGCCAGGUAAAGGAAGUGGUUGGCGACAACAGUGGGCAUGAGGCCACGCUGGGCACACACUACCGUGCCUACCUCCUCAAGUGCCAUGAACUGCCCUUCUACGGGUGUGCCUUCUUCCACGGCGAGGUUGACAAGCCAGCCCAGGGUUUUUUGCACCGAGGUGGGCGCAAGCCUGUAGCCGUGGCCAUCAGUCUGGAGGGCGUGCAUGUCAUCGACAACAGGGAGAAGCACGUCCUGCUAGGCCUGCGUUUCCAGGAGCUAUCAUGGGACCACACCUCCCCUGAGGAGGAGGAGCCUGUCUUGUGGCUGGAAUUCGAUGGAGACAGUGAAGGCACACCUGUCAACAAGCUCCUCAGGAUCUACUCCAAGCAGGCUGAACUGAUGAGUAGCCUCAUCGAGUACUGCAUUGAGCUAAACCAGGCCGCAGAGGCCACCGCCCACCAGGAGAGCAUGUCUGGGCCCCUGUCGGCUCCCACCUCCUCGCCAUCCCUGACUCAGCGCCCCAAGCUGCGGAGGCAGGGCAGUGUGGUAUGCAGCCGCAUCCAGCAUCUCUCCACCAUCGACUACGUGGAAGACGGCAAGGGGAUCAAGCGGGUGAAACCAAAGCGCACCACAUCAUUCUUCAGCCGGCAGCUCUCCAUGGGCCAGGGGAGCUACACUGUGGUACAGCCCACCGACAGCCUGGAGCAGGGCUGAAGGCAGCAGAACCAGGCAAGAGAGCACAUGGGGGAGACCCUCAGUACUCAGGGUCUGCAGGUAUUUCAGACCAUGCAAAAGGAACUUCUGUGCCUGGGACCAUGCCUGGGUUGUGCAGAGCUGCCUGCCGCUCUCUUGACCUCCCUCCGGCUCUCCUUUCCCCUAGACUCUGGGCCCAGCUAUCUCAGAGACAUCUGGUCAGGCCCCAGCUGGCUUUUCCCACCCAGAGACUCGCCUUUAUGCCCAUUUCAAAAUGGACAGUGUCCCCUGCUCUGAAGUUCCUAUUGGCAACUCUGAUGGCAGGUGGCUAAGGGUUAUCGCUUGGGACCCUCAGUCCCAGUGUGUGCCUUUGGCCUUUCCCCUAGACUUCGGUGACACCUCCCCACCUUCCUUCUGCUGGCAUUUCACCACCAAUGCCAGGGUGGGCAGCUGCUCUGAGGAGGGAAGGAGGGGGCCUCCCUGUACCUUCCUGGAGGGGACAGAGCCUAACAGGGUCCCGUAGGUUGGUGGGGAGGGCCCUGUGCCACUUACUACAGUCUCCCUUACAGGCAUAAGACACUCUGGCAAGAAAGAAGGUGCCUUUUUGUUAGCCUUGGUGAAGUCACUGUGCUGGGACAUGGCUGUCCUGUGAUAAGAGGCCCACCAGACCCACACUCAAACUCUUCGAAAAGCUCCCCAAACCCCCUGGGUACUGUCCUGGGCCCAGGGACUCUCAGCAGAUGAGUGAAACCUGCCCUUUCUCCCAGUGUCCUGAGUCUUCAGAUUUUAGUUUUGGUUUUUGUUCAUCUGCUUUGGUUCUAUGAAAUCUGUGAACUUGUGGCUUGGCACCUAUGGGUAGGCGCCAGCCACAUACACCUAAGGUGGCAGGUUCGAAUCCAG